AUGGCGAAGGCGGCAAACCUUUCCACCGUGUGGCAUGCUGCUGUAGCACCUUCAGCGGCCACACUACCAUGGGCACGUGUGCUUCUCAACGCGGCGAGCUUGUACGAGCUGAGCGUGUGCGGUUCCGACAACUUGCGCAACCUCCGCACCGCUCUCACCGUCAAGGAGAACGACCCUGUCAACGAGCACGACUUGUACAUCCAUGCGGAGAUGUCGCUGUUGCCCGCCCUGCCGCGCCUCGUGACGCUCAAUGUACACGGGCUCGAUCUCAGUGGAUCCAGCAUCCAUUUCGGCGACAAGCACGUCUUGAUCGCGGUACUCAAGACCUUACUUCCGCGGCGCGUCGACGAAGUCUGUGUAUGCUACAGCAAUAUGCGCGACGUCGACCGUCUUGAUAUCAUGCCGUUCAUCGAAUCCGGUCAUCUCAUUUGGGACGGUUGCAAGCGUGGGCUUGAGCAUCUGCCGGAAGAUCCCUCGGUCAAAUCCAACAUUGAGAUUCCGGUUUCGUCUGCGCCUAACCCUGAGGCUCCUUUGCCCGCCCCCGUCCUUCAGCAAGUGAACGUGCAGGCGGGAGAGGCUGGGUGGGGGGUGCUUGACGAGGAGGAUUUCUCUGAUAUCGAUGACGAGGAGGUAUUCGCCGGCGAUAUUGGGCUGGCUUUCGAUGGUGACGACGAUGUAUCGGACGAAGAGGAAGAUCACGGUGAAGGUUGGGGGAUAGAUAUCGUGUUCUGA